GGGCGCGCGCGGNGGAGGCGCUCGCACCCCCGGCCCCUGAGGGCCCCGGCGGAGCAGCGGGCACAGGUCCCAGGAAGGUGGCGUCAGCAUCUGCAGCCGCGUCGACGUUGUCGGAGCCUCCGCGGAGGACCCAGAAGAGCCGAACUAGGACCAGGGCCCUGGGCCUCCCCCAUGGAGAAGUCCGCUGCCUCAACAGAGCCCCAAGGGCCUCGGCCAGUCCUGGGCCGCGAUAGUGUCCAGGUGCCCGACGACCAGGACUUCCGCAGCUUCCGGUCAGAGUGUGAGGCCGAGGAGGGCUGGAAUCUGACCUACAGCAAGGCCGGCGUGUCCGUGUGGGUGCAGGCUGUGGAGAUGGAUCGGACCCUGCACAAGAUCAAGUGCCGGAUGGAAUGCCGUGACGUGCCAGCUGAGACACUCUAUGAUGUGCUACACGACAUUGAAUAUCGAAAGAAGUGGGACAGCAACGUCAUUGAGACUUUCGACAUCGCCCGCUUGACAGUCAACGCUGACGUGGGCUAUUACUCUUGGAGGUGUCCAAAGCCCUUGAAGAACCGUGAUGUCAUCACUCUCCGCUCCUGGCUCCCCAUGGGCACUGAUUACAUCAUUAUGAACUACUCAGUCAAACACCCUAAAUACCCGCCUCGGAAAGACUUGGUCCGAGCUGUGUCCAUCCAGACGGGCUACCUCAUCCAGAGCACGGGGCCCAAGAGCUGCGUCAUCACCUACCUGGCCCAGGUGGACCCCAAAGGCUCCUUACCCAAGUGGGUAGUGAAUAAAUCUUCUCAGUUCCUGGCUCCCAAGGCCAUGAAGAAGAUGUACAAGGCGUGCGUCAAGUACCCUGAGUGGAAGCAGAAGCAUCAGCCGCACUUCAAGCCGUGGCUGCACCCAGAGCAGAGCCCGUUGCCGAGCCUGGCGCUGUCGGAGCUCUCCGUGCAGCACGCGGACUCGCUGGAGAACAUCGAUGAGAGCGCGGUGACAGAGAGCCGGGAGGAGCGCUUGGGUGGCGCAGGCGGGGAGGGCAGCGACGACGACACCUCGCUCACCUGAGCGCGGCACCGCCGGCAGGGACCAAGACAAGAUGGAGUGGGGCCAGGGGUGGUGGAUCCUCCCGCGCUUUCUCCCCUCCCCCACCCCCUGCGCCUCUUAGGGACGCUGGGCUCGGGCCCAGGCUGGCGCUGCGGCCUGGCUGGACACAGCCCCAAUAAACGAUCCCACAGCCUCA